AAACAGGUUACAUUGCACACACGGGUGGGGCUUUUUAUUUGGUACCAGAAAUUCUCUGAGUCUCUGCGCGAGGACGCACACGAUCCUCCAAAAACCUCACGGAGAGUAGACGCGAGCAGCAGCUUGAAUCCUCCCGUGUCUUCAUUCCGCUCCGCGCACUGUGAUCAUGUUUCGCUGUGGGAUCGCUUACCCACGAUGCAGGUGGAUCGUGCCCCUGCUGCUGUUGUUCGCCAUUAUUUUCGACAUUAUCGCCAUCGCCGCCACCUCGGGAUGGGUCGAGGACGAGGACGCGAAGUCUCACUACGCCAGUAUGUGGGAGCAGUGCCGGGGGAGGAACGACCAGUGGGAGUGCAAGUCGCUCAUGGACUUCGCUUGGGCCAAAGCAGUGGCUGCACUGAUGAUCAUCGGCCUCCUCAUCCUCAUCGUCGCCUUCAUCAUCUCCUGUGUGGCUCUGUGCUGCACGCUCAACAUCCAAAUGCUGCCCUUCAUCGGAGUGCUGUUGAUUGUCGUUGUGAUCCUCCAGAUCAUCGCUCUGAUCAUCUACCCUGUCAAGUUCAACGAGCUGAUCUUUGAAGGUCACUAUUACUACACCUGGGCCUACGGCUUCGGCUGGGGCGCCACCAUCCUCUGCAUCGGCUGCGCCAUCCUCUUCUGCUGCCUGCCACGCUACGAGGACGAGCUGAGCGACCUGGCCAAGACCAAAUACAUCUAUACUUCUGCUUAAAGGCGAAUCCUGCACACCCACCCCCAACUGCAGCCAUGUCCAGUUUUCCCUCAUGAGCUGGAUUAUAUUUUACACUGUACCAUUUCACCCAAGAUCCACAAUGACUCAGUUCAGCUACGUUUGGUGGGAAUCGGGACCUCCGCCACUCGAGGGUGAAGUCGGAUGCUUGGUGGGGGCGGACUGUGGUUGGGGGUCACAAAUGACUCGGUCGGCAUCAUAAAUGUUUUUUUACCAUGGUAUUUUUUCACAUUCUGUGUCGAGCAAAAAAUAUAUUCCUCACUGCGCUUUUUACUUGUAACACUCAGUGAAUGCAGCGUCACCCAAGUGCACUUAAUCUGAUGGAUGUCAUUAACUGUAAAGUUUAGUCGUAUUCGUAGUCUGAUUUAUCUGAUUUGACUCUCAAACCUAGACUAAAGUAUCUGCACAGGAAGCGAUAUAUAAAUAAUGAAUCAUCGUUUGUGCUAAAACUAGAUUCUCUCAGUGCUUGUGUGUCGUUUUUGUCCGGAUUUUGCUGUGCGUAAGGUAAGAAGGAAGCGACGCUUUGGGCUCGGAUGUAUAACGUAACUGAAAUGGAAACGUGGAUGUCGUUUUAACAGUUGUGUUUGCACCGUUUUAUGCGUUUGUUGAUACAUUUUCACCGACUGUUUCCAAACAUUUUGUAUUCUUAUUGACUUACCAGCAAAUAGGUAUAACUGUGGGAGUGUGUUGUGUUGUUGUUGUUUUAAUAACAUUCUUUUUGGGAUGGUGGAUGUGAUGCAGAAGAAUUCUUUUGUUUUUGUUGUUACCCUGGAAGCAUAUUGAGUUGAAUUGACGAUCAGUCUUAGAAAUUUAGAAAACAGUCCCUGUGUCUUAUACAAUUACUGAAAUAUUCAUAUUAGAACGGUCCAACUGAAUGUGAGCUGCCUUGACAAAAUAUUGGUUUAAAGGGAACAAUGUAAACUUAGAAACCCUUUUAUUAUUAUUUUUUGCAUCAGUGUGGUUGUAUUAGCAGAAAACAUUAAAGUAUUUUUAAUUAAAAGUUCCUUUAGAAAUUAAAAGAAAAAUCCAAUCAUGUUGUUUUCAUAUGCAUUCAAGUUUGAAUUCUUAUUUAAAUCAAAACCUUCCUGUGUGUGAGAUUCCUCUGCGCUGUGUCGCUGAGCUCUUGAGUUUUCUCGAAAAAACUGGUCCGUCUGGUUCAACUGACAUCGGGUGAGGGUUAGGGUUAGUCGCACAUUCUUGCCCAAACAAGACCAUGUUAUAGUUCAUGAAUAUCCAGGUGACUCUGACACAGAUGAUCACGGAUCAUGUGUGUCAGAGUCAACUUCAGGAAGGUCUAAACAUGAAGAAACUCAAAGCUAAAACGGGAUGUGAUCAACAGGUGUGUUUCUCUCUCUGCUUUCAUCCAUCAGCUACUUUCUGCUCUAGUAUGAACUGAUUAGUUUUGGCGGUCUGUAUAGUUUAAUUCAAUAAAAUUUACUUUUUUUUU